GUCACCGAGUAUUGUUGGCUAGUUACUCAUUCUUUCAUUGUACUGUGUACUGCGUAUGUCGUGUCUGCCUCGCAGUUGUCAAUUCCCAUCUAGGCUGACAUCCGGACUGCACUAUCCCGCGGGGCAUCGCUGCCUGGGGCUGCAACACGUGAUCCUGGCGGUGGGCGACCGAGUCGGGGCAAAAAUUCCAUCACCAACAAGCGGUCUUUCUCCCUCUGCAUUUCUUCCUGGCUUUUUGCUUCAACUCCCCCCUUUCUUCCAUUCUCGAUCAUCGGUCGCGUUGAAAAGUUGACUUUGAUCCUUUUCUACAGCCCCUUUUACGACUGUCUUUUUCGUUACUCAAAAGUCACAUAAUUCAUCAUGGCUGAAGCGCAGGCCCCACCAACCUUCAAACUCGUCCUCGUCGGUGACGGUGGUACUGGAAAGACCACCUUCGUCAAGCGUCACCUGACUGGUGAAUUCGAGAAGAAGUACAUCGCGACUCUUGGUGUCGAAGUCCACCCUCUUACUUUCACCACCAACCUGGGUACCAUUCAGUUCGACGUGUGGGACACUGCUGGUCAGGAGAAAUUCGGUGGUCUCAGAGAUGGUUACUAUAUCAAUGGCCAGUGCGGUGUGAUCAUGUUCGAUGUGACCUCCCGUAUCACCUAUAAGAACGUUCCCAACUGGCACCGUGACCUCGUCCGUGUCUGCGAGGGUAUCCCCAUUGUCCUGACCGGUAACAAGGUCGACGUUAAGGAACGUAAGGUGAAGGCCAAGACCAUCACCUUCCACCGCAAGAAGAACCUGCAGUACUACGAUAUCUCCGCCAAGUCCAACUACAACUUCGAGAAGCCUUUCCUCUGGCUUGCUCGCAAGCUUGUUGGCAACCCUCAGCUGGAAUUCGUUGCCGCCCCCGCUCUUGCUCCUCCCGAGGUCCAGGUCAACCCCGAGCUCCUCGAGCAGUACCGGAAGGAGAUGGACGACGCUGCUCAAAUGCCCCUCCCCGACGAGGACGACGCCGACCUGUAAGCGGCUGGUCAGCGCGAGUCUUUGGAGGAUUUUCUGUGAUUCUUUCUCGUGGCUGCGAUGCUCCGCAACCUACUAGCUUCGUGAUAUAAAGCCUCGAAUAACGAAUGCAACGAUAGCGGUCGGUGGAUGGGCCCGAGGAUGUUUGGCACGAUUAUGCAUUUGAUUUUCCUUACAAAUAGUAGUUAGACACAUUUCAAUAUUCUUUUGCUUCCGAACGACACGAAAAGCAAGUCUGAGCCAAUGGGCUGAAAUCUAAUCCUAAUCUGUCUGAUAUCUACAAGAAAAUCACCU